GACUGCACUUCUGUGGAGUUGGCAAACUGAACUAUAUAAAGCUGAACAACAUAUCAUUACUAAACUAAAAAAAAACUUUAAAGAUGACUCAACAGCUCAAACUAAGUGAUUUUGACAUUUCAGAGACAACUGGCUUUGUUGCAACUAAACCACCUCUCAGAAAACUGCCAGGAGAGUAUUUUUCAUCUUGGGAAGACACUUGCACCAAGAUUCCAGCGCUCAUCGAGAACAAGCAACUCCGAGCAAAGAUCGAUGCAUUACCAGAGAGACAAUUCAACAAAGAAACUCUAGAGUCUGAGGAGGAAUGGCAAAGAGCUUACGUCUUAUUAACAUUCUUAAGUCAAUCCUACAUCUGGGCAGAGGGUGAAACUGGAGUCAUUGACACCCUUCCAAAGAAACUGGCCGUACCUUGGUAUGCUGUGUCUGAGCAUAUUACGUUGAAACCAGUGGCUACGUAUGCAUCUGUUGUACUCUACAACUACAGUCUGCGAGAUCCUAAAGGAGGAAUGACUGCUGACAAUUUGGUGGCUGUUUCCACCUUCACAGGAACGAAAGAUGAAUCAUGGUUCUACAUGGUUCACGUGCUUGUUGAGCUUGCUGCUGUUCCUGGGCUGAAGGCUAUAGAAGAUGCUUUCGAGGCAAUGAAAAUGCAGCAUAAUGGCGAACUGAAAAAUGAACUUGAAAAGGUGGAAAAAUCAAUUUGCAGCAUGCGAAAAACAUUGACAGAGAUGUACAAACACUGUAGAGCUAAGGUGUUCUAUAAUGAUAUUCGUCCUUUUCUUGCUGGUACAAAGGGUUUUAAAGAAGCAUUGCCCGAUGGAAUCAUUUAUGAAGGGGUGGACAGCAAACCUCGUAGCUACAACGGAGGAUCUGCCGCUCAAACAACCAGCAUUCCCUCGUUCGAUGCAUUGCUAGGAGCCAAGCACCCUGGACCUGAGGAGGAUCCAACAUUCAUGAGGAAGAUGCGUGAGUAUCAACCAAAGAAACACCGAGACUUUCUCGUUGCUAUUGACACCCAACCAUCCUUGAGAGAGCACAUUAUACAAUCUCGAAAUGUUGAGCUUAUACAACAGUACAACCGUAUUGUGGAUGCUCUCUAUGAGUUUCGACAUGGUCAUAUCAACCUCAUUAAUACCUACAUCAUUAGACCAAGCGAGAAACGUAGUUUCGAGGCUCCAGGGGCUAACGGAACAGAAGGUACUCCAGUGGACCCUCCGAAUGAGGCUGUUGGUACACCAAUGAAGGCUUUGGCUUUCACUGGAACCGGAGGUACUCCAGUAGAGACUUUUCUGAAGCAAGUUAAAGACAGCACAGUCUCAAUGAAGAUACCACUACCAAAAUAACUUAUUAGCCUGUUUGUUGUUAAUUUCCGUGUGUAUUUUGCUGCUAAUUUUUAUUGCAAUAAUUUUUGUAGUUUCAAGUGGCUGAAAAAUAAUUGUCGGGUAGAUUG